AUGUUCCGUGAGCUGAUCGGCGUCUGUCUUUAUCAGCAGUGGCAGCAGGAUAAGGGCAGAGUCGUGCGGACCCUUCAUCGCAUCUCCAGCUCCACCCAGGGACGUUCUGAGGCAGCCAGCCAGCCCCAGAUAGUGCGUGUAAUCCCCCCCCAAGAGCUGAUGGGCCGGCCUGGGGGGGUCUGUCUGCGCUCCACGUGGGGAGAUGCUUAUCGGACAGGCCGAGGACGGGAGGACGCCGUGAAGGUCGGACUUACAUAA